AAUGUGAACGCAAUUUUGACAGGGCAAUAAUCAAUGUUGUGCUGUUGGGUGAAGUAAUUCAACUAAUUAGAUGCAAUCUUUUUUCUCAAAGAAUAAAAUAGUAAUAUAUCAUCCCUAUUUUAUCCUCCCAAAAUGAACUCUUUUUGAUUUUGGAAAUAAAUGAAUAGGUAGAGGGUCAAGUGGAAAAAGAUGAAGGAUCGAGUGUAAAGUCAAAGAAUAGUAUAUACAUCAAGGGUGCGAAAUGCAAAGAAGUAUGUUUUUAUCAUUUUCAUAACAAAAGGGCCUUUCCAUAAUUUGGAUCAAAGUGAAAUUAUUGCUUAGGCUUCUUUCUUUUUCCCAAGCGAAACCAGAGACAAACGAAAAGCAAAGAUAAGUUUGUGAUCCUUCUUCUCCUCUCCACCUUCCUCGAUGGUUCGCAAGCGAUUUCAUGAUGUCAAAACAGGUGCUUUGGUGGCAAAAUCAUUCGAUGCCCAGAGAUAUCUGAAGAGAGUUGGGUUAGGAAAAGAAGACUAUCACUUCUGGAAGCAAGUGGGCAAGGCGUUGCUUUGUACUUACACUUUGUUCGGCGUAGCGUGGUUAUGGAAUGAGACUUCACCACUUGGUUGGUGGACCCUGAAGCCCAAGCCAAAGGAAGAAAAAGAACUAGCACACCUGUAUGAACGCCGGAAAUUUCCAUAUCCAGGUGAUGAGAAGGCGAUGGAGGAGUUUAUUGCCAAAGGUGGGAUGAUUGGUACCACUAUUGGUCCUAAGGGAGUUGUUGAAUCCGAUAAAGAUUCCUAUAAUUUUCAGAAAGCAUUGCAGGAUAAGAAAUUUGAUCAAGAAGCCUUCAAGUUGUGGAUGAGGAUGAAGAAUGAAGUUAUUUCGGAGCUCCAGGAGAAAGGGUUUGAUGUAGAGUGAGUGAAUAUAGUUACUUCUUGCAAGGGGAGCCUUGGCGCAACUGGUGAAGUUGUUGUUAUGUGACUAGGAGGUCACGGGUUCGAGCCGUGAAAACAUCCUCUUGCAGAAAUGCAGGAUAAGGCUGCGUACAAUAGACCAUUAUAGUCCGGCCCUUCCCGGACCUUGUGCAUAGCGAGAGCUUAGUGCACCGGGCUGCCCUUGCAAUCAAAUUAUGUGUUGUAUGCAUUGGUUAGAAGUGUGAUUUUGUGUCAAACUUAUCAUACAGCUUUGAAGUUCUUGUUAUCAUAUUUUUCUGCUUCUUUUCGGCGAGUUGAUUUUUCCUACA